GCCACAUUAGCCGCACGAUUUUCAUCAUUUAGUGAAAUUCUAACUUAAAACCCUUAGAAAUGUACUUUUUUACGAGUAACGUCGUAACACCGCCUAUCACGCUCUUCAUGGGCGAAGACAAAUACGAGAAUGAGGAGUUAAUAAAAUGGGGCUGGCCUGAAGACGUUUGGUUCCAUGUCGAUAAACUCUCCUCAGCUCACGUGUACCUCCGACUCAAUCCCGGUCAAACUCUCGAUGACGUUCCCACUGCCGUGAUCGAAGAUGCUUGUCAACUAGUCAAAGCCAACAGCAUUCAAGGCAACAAAACCAACAACAUCGACGUCGUUUACACAAUGUGGGAGAAUCUGAAGAAGACUCAAGGCAUGGAAGUGGGGCAAGUGGCUUUUCAUCGCGACAAAGAAGUGCGAAAGUUUCACGUGGAAAAGAGAAUUAACGAGAUUGUGAAUCGCUUGAACAAGACAAAGCGAGAGGAAAAGCCAGAUUUUAGGGGAAUGCGGGAGGAAAGAGAUCGAAAGGAGCGGGAAAAUAAGAAACACUUGUUGCGACUGCAAAAAGAACGAGAAAAAGCCGAACAAAAACGGAAAGAAGAAGAAGCCGAAGCUCGUAGUUAUAAUUCCCUGAUGAAAGAGGAAAAUAUGACAACGAACUACGACGAUGGCAACGACUCGGACGACUUUAUGUGAAAAAUUAGCAAAAAAUUUGUUGUUAAUAUAAUUCUUUCAAAUAUAUUUUACAUUCAAUAUCACAAAAAAAAUACAAUUUUUAUUGAUGAUUC